AUGACCAGGACUGAGCCUAUAUCUGAUGACCGGCAGCAUACAGCCUCUGAAACUGAGAGCCUGUUAGAGGCUGGAGAGGCUGAAACUGAGAGCCUGUUAGAGUCUGGAGAGGCUGAAACUGAGAGGCUGUUAGAGGUUGAAGAGGCUGAAACUGAGAGCUUGUUAAAGGCUGGAGAGGCUGAAACUGAAAGCUUGUUAGAGGCUGGAGAGGCUGAAACUGAGAGCCUGUUAGAGUCUGGAGAGGCUGAAACUGAGAGGCUGUUAAAGGCUGGGGAGACUUACCCAGGAUGGAGUCCCAACCCCAGCACCAGCCAGUCCCCAGGAUGGAGUCCAAGCACCAGCCAGUCCCCAGGAUGGAGUCCCAACCCCAGCACCAGCCAGUCCCCAGGAUGGAGUCCCAACCCCAGCACCAGCCAGUCCCCAGGAUGGAGUCCCAACCCCAGCACCAGCCAGUCCCCAGGAUGGAGUCUCAACCCCAGCACCAGCCAGUCCCCAGGAUGGAGUCAAGCACCAGCCAGUCCCGAGGAUGGAGUCCCAACCCCAGCACCAGCCAGUCCCCAGGAUGGAGUCCCAACCCCAGCACCAGCCAGUCCCCAGGAUGGAGUCCCAACCCCAGCACCAGCCAGUCCCCAGGAUGGAGUCCCAACCCCAGCACCAGCCAGUCCCCAGGAUGGAGUCCCAACCCCAGCACCAGCCAGUCCCCAGGAUGGAGUCCCAACCCCAGCACCAGCCAGUCCCCAGGAUGGAGUCUCAACCCCAGCACCAGCCAGUCCCCAGGAUGGAGUCCAAGCACCAGCCAGUCCCGAGGAUGGAGUCCCAACCCCAGCACCAGCCAGUCCCCAGGAUGGAGUCCCAACCCCAGCACCAGCCAGUCCCCAGGAUGGAGUCCCAACCCCAGCACCAGCCAGUCCCCAGGAUGGAGUCCCAACCCCAGCACCAGCCAGUCCCCAGGAUGGAGUCCCAACCCCAGCACCAGCCAGUCCCCAGGAUGGAGUCCCAACCCCAGCACCAGCCAGUCCCCAGGAUGGAGUCCCAACCCCAGCACCAGCCAGUCCCCAGGAUGGAGUCCCAACCCCAGCACCAGCCAGUACCCAGGAUGGAGCGCCAACCCCAAAACCAGCCAGUCCCCAGGACGGAGUCCCAACCCCAGCACCAGCCAGUCCCCAGGAUGGAGUCCCAACCCCAGCACCAGCCAGUCCCCAGGAUGGAGUCCCAACCCCAGCACCAGCCAGUACCCAGGAUGGAGUCCCAACCCCAGCACCAGCCAGUCCCCAGGAUGGAGUCCCAACCCCAGCACCAGCCAGUCCCCAGGAUGGAGUCCCAACCCCAGCACCAGCCAGUCCACAAGAUGGAGUCCCGACCCCAGCACCAGCCAGUACCCAGGAUGGAGUCCCAACCCCAGCACCAGCCAGUCCCCAGGAUGGAGUCCCAACCCCAGCACCAGCCAGUACCCAGGAUGGAGCGCCAACCCCAAGACAAGCCAGUCCCCAGGAUGGAGUCCCAAACCCAGCCAAGGCCAGUCCCCAAGAUGGGCUCCUAGCCUUAACCACAGGUCCAACCAGUGGCCCUCCCUCUGGCACCACCUCCACCAGAACCACCUUCUCCCCCGGUUCCCCAGUGGACAAGCCCCUCCAAUUCCCUGCCUUGUUCAGUGGUCUGAGGAUCCCAAAGAAAGGGGUGACAGUGCCGGAUCAGGACAUAGUGGGUAAGAUCAAAACACCAGCCCCAGCAGUUCUCAGUGUGGACAAGCUUGUGAGGAGAAAGCUGAAGACAGUUCGCAGGAGGCAGGGGAGCUUCUUGGACCAGCUCUCCCAGUUCCUGAACCUGGAGAAGGAUGUCAACAGUAAGACAGAGGAGUUUACAGGAGAGGACAGGAGGGAUAUUACAGGAAAGGAGAGGAAGGAGUCUACAGGAGAGGACAGGGGGGAGAUUACAGGAAAGGAGAGGAAGGAGUCUACAGAAGAGGAGAGGAGGGAGAUUACAGGAAAGGAGAGGAAGGAGUCUACAGAAGAGGAGAGGAGGGAGAUUACAGGAAAGGAGAGGAAGGAGUCUACAGAAGAGGAGAGGAGGGAGAUUACAGGAAAGGAGAGGAAGGAGUAUACAGAAGAGGAGAGGAGGGAGUCUUCAGGAGAGGACAGGAGGGAGUCAGAGCCCUCAGACGAGACCGAAGGAGUCAGAGUUGAACCUGAAGAUGGGAUGGAGGAGAAGGAGAAGACAGAACAGGAAGAGGGAGGUGAACGGCAGAAAAGAGGAGAGGAGAAAAAGACAGACCAGGACACAGAGAAAGAGAAGACUGAAGUUCUGUCUGUGAUAGACCCUCCGGAAUCUUCAGAACCUUCACAUUCUCUAGAACUCUCAGAACCUUUAGAACCUCAGAAGCCUCCUCCCACCAGUGCGGAGGUGGCGUUCGAUGCCUUCAAGGCCUUCUUCAUCCCCAGGCCCCUGAGGAGAGAGGGAGACAGGGGGGACCAGGAGGCAAAGAGGAAGGCCUGGAUCUUUGAGAGAACCUCCAAGACUCCUGAAAAGAAAAACCUCACUGACUCAAAAUUGGAGACAUCGAUCUCAGGUGAUGGAGAGGACCGUUCCACCCCAGGCCGUCUGCAGGCCAUCUGGCCCCCGACUAAGGAGGAGAAGGUUGGACUGAAAUACACAGAAGCAGAACACCAGGCAGCCCUGCUGCAGCUGAAGAGAGAAUGCAACGAGGAGGUGAAGAAGAUACAGGAGGACUAUGGGAAGCAGCUGUACCAGCUGAGAGGGGACAACGAAGAGUGUGUAUCCCAUCUGGAGGUCACCUUGGCCAGGCUACAAAGUGACUUUGCCCUGGGUGCCCACCACCGCCGUGGAGACCUCCGAGACGUGGCCGUAUCCACGGGAGAUGACCUCUCAUCCCGGGCCUUCCGCACUGUGUGCGUCCAGACGGACCCUAUGACCUUCCCCCAACCCCCCCUCAACUUGCCUAAGAGACUGGACCUGGUUUCUAUCAGUCUAAAUCUGUCUGGACAGGCUACCUCUCCCUCUUCUUCCCCCGUUCAUCUCCCUCCACCUCCUGCUCCUCCACUCCCACUAUCCGAACCACCUGCACAUCAUGAAGGCUUAUUAUCAGGCAACCUAGCCCCACCUCCUCCUCCUCCUCCUCCUCCUCCUCCUCCUCUUCCUUUCCUUCCUGCUCUAACCCAGACCCAGGGACUCGACGGGCCCCCUCCAUCUCUUCCACCCCCUCCACCAGGGUCCGCCCCUCCACCUCCACCCCCUCCACCAGGCUGUGGCCCCCCACCACCUCCCCCUCCAGGGUGUCUGACCUUCAGUACCAUGUUAGAUAAACCCCCCAGGAAGCCGGCUGUGCAACCAGCCUGCCCCAUGAAACCUCUCUACUGGACCAGGAUACAGACACAGGACAACAAUAAAAACACGCUGUGGAACUCUCUUGAGGAACCAGACAUCAUCAACACCACAGAGUUUGAAGACCUGUUCUCCAAGACCACCAUACAGACCAAGAGAAAACCUCUGGCAGAGGCCUAUGAGAAGAAAGCCAAGGCCAAGAAGGUCAUGAAGCUGCUGGAUGGGAAGCGUUCCCAGGCCGUAGGGAUACUCAUCUCUAGUCUGCACCUGGCGAUGAAGGACAUACAGGAAGCUGUGCUGAAUGUGGACAACUCCGUAGUGGACGUGGAAACCAUCCAGGCUUUAUACGAAAACAGAGCCCAGCCUGAUGAGCUGCAGCGGAUAAAGAAACACUACCAAACGUCCGAGGAGGAGCAGGUCAAGCUGCUGGACAAACCUGAACAGUUCCUGUUUGAGUUAUCUCAGAUACCAGACUUCCCAGACAGGGCUUCAUGUAUCAUCUUCCAGUCUGUCUUCAUAGACGCCAUCGACUCCAUUCAGCACAAGUUGGACAUUGUCUCUCGCGUCUGCAAGGAUCUGAUGGACACCUGCAGUGUGAGGGAGGUGAUGGGUCUGAUUCUAGCCCUGGGGAACCACAUGAACGGGGGCAACAGGACCAGAGGACAGGCAGACGGCUUCGGACUGGAGAUCCUGCCCAAACUAAAGGACGUCAAGAGCAGGGACAAUCGUAUCAGUCUGGUUGACUAUGUGACAUCGUACUAUCUCCGCAACCUGGACGAGAACGCUGGAACAGAGAGAAGUGUAUUCCCUCUCCCUGAGCCUCAGGAUGUGUUCCUGGCUGCCCAGGUCAAGUUUGAAGACAUCACCAAGGACCUGAGACAGCUGAGACGAGACCUGACAGUGUGUGAGAAAGGGGUUCAGAAGGUGUGUUGCAGCUCUCCAGAAGAACACCUCCAGCCGUUUAAGGACAAAAUGGAGUCGUUUGUUCUGAUUGCGAGUAAUGAACAAGAUGAAGUGCAUGCCCAGUUGAUGUUUGCACAAAAAAGCUUCCACGAGCUGGUGACGUUCUUAGGGCUGAAGCCCAAGACAGGAGAGACCGAGGUGGCGACAGGUCACUUCUUCAUGCUGUGGUUUGAGUUCUGUACCGACUUCAAGACCAGGUGGAAGAGAGAGAACAAGAAUAUAUCCAAAGAGAGGCUGAAAGAGGCCCAGCUGUCGGUGAAGAAGAUUACAGCAGACAAGAAGGUGGAGACUAGGAAGAUCAACCCUAACAGUCUGAAAGACAGGCUACGCCAGAAGGAAGCGAACAUGGUGGCCACAAGCUGAGAGACAGAACAGGAGAGAGAAGAAAUUCAUGAGAAAACUGACGAGUUGGUUUGUGAGGUAAGUGGGGACUUCUCCCACCCCUUUAGCCACCCACACAGGGUGAUCAGGAUCACACCGGUCUCUGUUCCUGCCCACCCUCUUAUACACCAAGCCUGGAACACUGCCAUCUGACCCCUGCUCGAGACUAGAGGAAACCCCACAUACUAUGGUUCUCAGGUCACGAAGCUGCAGAUGGAUUCACUGACCAACAGGGUACUUACUACUGGCAAUAGGGGGAUUAUGACUAUUUUCUUGUUUAUUUUUUUUAUGGGAGUAAUGUAUAUUCAUUUAAAAUGUGGUGGAUUCUCCACCUCAUCCUAAGGACGUUCAUGUUUAAAAAAUAAUACAUGUUUUUCAGUCAAAUAUCUGGUCUAAUGAAACAAGAGAGUGUGUCUGGAUUGUAUGGGAAACAUUUUCUCCUGUAGAUUUGUUUAUGUCUGUUUUCUGUAUCAUGUUUUUCACCUUACAUUUCCACUGUCAAUAUAUCACCUUACAUUUCCACUGUCAAUAUAUCACCUUACAUUUCCACUGUCAAUAUAUCACCUUACAUUUCCACUGUCAAUAUAUCA